AAAGGCACUAUGUCAGAAAUAAUAACUAUUCCUAAUGAAGUUGACAUAGAUGGUUAUACAUAUUAUCAAAUAUCUAUCAAACUUCCAUUAAGAUCAUAUGUUAUCAAGAAAAGAUAUUCCGAAUUUGAAUCAUUAGUCAUAAAUUUAUGCCACAGUUUAGGAAUUAAUACUAGAGACUUCCCAUAUCAACUUCCUGCAAAACGAAUCAAUUGGCUAAACAAGUCAGGAAUCAUUCACGAAAGAAAAGUUGAGUUGUGCAAAUUCUUAAAUGAUGUCAUUAGAGAUACUUCUAUUCAGAAUAACCGUGAAUUACUCGAAUUUUUACAGUUACCUAUAAAUUUUAGAUUUAAUAAUGACCUUUUCAAACAGGAUUUACCAGCACUUACCGCAGAUGCUUCUGCUAUAACCCCAGAUUCGUGGUUAGAAAUAUAUCGCAAGCUCAAACUGGAGAUUCAACAAAGUUUUACCAAUUCGUCCAUUCAAGAGAAAAUACAAUCUAGAGAUAAAGUUAAUAGAGUAUAUCAACCAUUACUAAAUGAAUUAUCACAUUCACUUCGUAAGUUGAAGUUGGACAAUUCCGAAAUUCAAAGAAGACAUGGGUUGCUUAGCCAAUUACAAGGUAGUUUACAACAAAUUUUAACAAAUGAUUUACAUGGAUCCACCAUAUCUAAACGAGUAUUGGGUGGUCAAAUACAAGCUGGUGAAACCAACCAAACCUUGGCAUUAUCAAACGAAGAACUUUUACAACAGCAGAAACAAGUUCAUAAAACUCAGGAUCAAGAAUUAGAACAACUCCGACUACUCAUUUCUAAGCAACGACAAAUUGGAGAAAUCAUCAAUACCGAAGUUGAAGAACAAAACAAUAUGUUGGAUAAGUUUAACGAAGAAGUUGAAAACGCCAGUGAUAAAGUAAAGAAAGCAAGAGCUAGGGCGAGAAAUAUAAAUUAAUAUUCAGCUAUAUCUUCGGGCAACACCUCAUUUAAUCUAUUAACUAAUGUAAUAUUGUCUUGAAUUGUGGUGGGAGCAACCGUUUGGUUUAAAUAUCCAUUUUGAAGCUUUUCAAGGUGUGCUUCACCUUCUGGUCCAUUCAAUACUCGUUGUUCAAAUGCCCCUUUAAGUCUAUCGGGUAUCUUCCAAAAUCCACCAAUAUUAUUGAAAAACGGAUGAACUCCAAUUCUUCUGGGUGGAUAAGCUCGUCCAUUGUUGCUUAGAUUAUAUAUACUUGGGAAAUAUUGCCAAUAAAAUAAACUUCCAACAUAAGUUCCAAUUAAUGAACCACCUAUAACAUCUCUUAAAAAGUGUCGGUUAUCACUGACUCUCGUACACGCAACAAACAUGGCCAAGAAUAUUGGUAGAAUGGU